GUCGUGUGUCGUCGUGGCUGUUGUUCUUUGUCGUGUGUGUCGUGUGAAAGCUUAUUCUUAUAUAUUAUAAAAUGCCUCCGAAUUCGGACGAUGGCGUGAAAAUGGCGGAAUAAAAUGGCAGGACGUAGAUCAACUUUAAGCAAUGUUGAAUCCUUAUCGGGAUCAGGUAAUGCUGAUCCUUUAAGAGAGCUAUUCGAAGCUUGCAAAACUGGCGAUCUUAGCAGAGUUAAGGCGUUGGUUACACCAAAGACAGUCAAUGCACGAGAUACCGCUGGACGCAAGGCAACUCCACUGCACUUUGCAGCUGGCUAUGGCAGAAUAGACGUCGUUGAAUUUCUUCUCUCUGCUGGUGCAUCCAUUCAAGCACGUGACGAUGGAGGUUUACAUCCUCUGCACAAUGCAUGCUCAUUUGGACAUUCCGAUGUCGUGAGAUUGCUUUUGGAAGCGGGAGCUAAUCCUAACACAAGGGAUAAUUGGAAUUAUACACCAUUACAUGAAGCUGCCAUUAAGGGUAAGAUAGACGUAUGCAUAGUGCUAUUGCAACAUGGGGCCGAUGCAAAUAUUAGAAAUGCAGAAGGAAAGACUGCACUGGAAUUAGCAGAUGCUGCUACCAAGCCAGUUUUAACAGGAGAAUAUAGGAAAGAUGAACUUUUAGAAGCAGCAAGAUCAGGAAACGAGGAAAGAUUGUUACAACUUUUAAAUCCUCUUAACGUUAAUUGUCAUGCUAGCGAUGGACGAAGAUCUACGCCUUUGCAUUUAGCAGCUGGAUAUAAUAGAUCUAGAGUUGUACAAAUUCUUCUUCAAAAUGGUGCAGAUGUACAUGCAAAGGAUAAAGGAGGACUUGUUCCAUUGCACAACGCUUGUUCUUAUGGACAUUUCGAAGUAACGGAAGCGCUUCUUAAGCAUGGAGCUGCUGUGAAUGCCAGUGAUUUAUGGGCAUUCACUCCAUUGCAUGAAGCUGCUAGCAAGUCUAGAGCAGAAGUUUGUUCUUUACUUUUAAGCGAGGGUGCAGAUCCGACUCAAUUAAAUUGCCACAGUAAAAGCGCUAUUGAUGUAGCACCAACCGUAGAAUUACAAGAAAGAUUAGCGUACGAAUAUAAAGGCCAUUGUUUAUUGGAUGCCUGCAGGCAGGCUGAUCCAACUAAAUUAAAAAAAUAUUUAUCUCAGGAUGUUGUCAAUUUUAAACAUCCGUAUACCGGAGAUACGCCACUGCAUUGUGCAGUCGCAUCGCCUUAUCCAAAACGAAAACAAAUAAUCGAAAUUUUAAUUAGAAAAAAUGCUGCCAUGAAUGAGAAAAAUAAAGACUUCCUUACGCCACUUCAUGUAGCUACCGACCAUUCGCAUUACGAUGCAAUGGAUAUAUUACUUAGACAUAAUGCUAAAGUAAAUGAAUUAGAUGGCUUAAGACAAACUGCAUUGCACAGGUGCGUUAGAGAGGACGAUGUACAGGCAUGUAGAAUAUUGUUAUCAUACAACAUCAAUCCUUCCAUUGUAUCUCUUCAAGGCUAUACUGCGGCGCAAGUCGCAGCGGAAAAUGUUCUUAAAAUAUUGCAAGAUCCAGAAAGUGAAACAGACGAUGCAGAAGCGCAGCUUUUGGAAGCGAGUAAAUCUGGCGACUUGAAUGCUGUGAAAAGAAUCCUACAAACGAAUCCACAUGCCGUAAAUUGUCGUGAUUUAGAUGGUCGACACUCUACUCCUCUGCAUUUUGCAGCAGGUUUUAAUAGAGUGCCCGUAGUCGAAUACCUUUUGGCACAUGGUGCGGAUGUGCAUGCCAAAGAUAAAGGUGGUUUGGUGCCUCUUCACAAUGCUUGUUCUUAUGGUCACUAUGAAGUAAUAGAAUUGUUAAUCAAACAUGGGGCAUCUGUUAAUGUCGCCGAUUUGUGGAAAUUUACUCCCCUUCAUGAGGCCGCAGCUAAAGGUAAAUGUGAAAUCGUUCGAUUGUUAUUAAAACACGGCGCUGAUGCAACGAAAAAAAAUCGAGACGGAGCAACUCCUCUUGAUUUAGUAAGAGAAGGAGACCAAGAUGUUGCAGAUUUAUUGUGUGGAAAUAGUGCACUUUUGGAUGCUGCAAAGAAGGGAAAUCUAGCUAGGGUGCAAAGGCUGGUUACGCAAGAUAACAUCAAUUGCAGAGAUACCCAAGGUCGGAACAGUACACCAUUACAUUUUGCAGCGGGUUAUAACAACUUAGAAGUAGCCGAAUUUUUGUUAGAAAAAGGAGCGGAUGUAAACGCACAAGAUAAGGGUGGCUUAAUACCUUUACAUAAUGCUUCAAGCUAUGGACAUUUGGAUAUAGCGGCAUUACUUAUUAAAUAUAAUACGAUAGUAAAUGCAACUGACAAAUGGGGCUUUACACCACUUCACGAAGCUGCACAAAAAGGAAGAACACAAUUGUGUGCUCUUUUGUUAGCACACGGUGCCGAUCCUUUCCUUAAAAAUCAAGAAGGACAAAGUCCGGUAGAUUUAGCAAGUGCGGAUGAUGUACGUUGUUUGUUGCAAGAUGCUAUGGCUUCUCAGCAAGUAGUACCGUCCGUACCAUCGGGUAAUAAUGGCGUUGGUCUUGGGAUUAACAUGAAUGGUAAUGGUGGUAGUACUAUUAAUAGUAGACCACCUAGUAUUGUUGCCGUACCAGUAACUCCACCACCGCCACUUACACAAGAAACAGUUAUCAUGCCUUCCGGAGCUGCAAUGACUUUAUGUGUUCCGUUAGCUCGACCGUCUUCAUGUCUAAGUCCAAUGCCACCAUCCGAAUCGAAUUCUGAAAGAGAAUCUAAAGAUAUGUGUAAAGAAAAUAAUAGUUCAAACAUUACGACCGUAGCAGGCUUCCUUCAAAGUCUUGGAUUAGAACACUUACUCGAAUUAUUUGAAAGGGAACGUAUUACGUUGGAUAUAUUAGCGGAAAUGUGUCACGAAGAUUUGAAACAAGUUGGCGUAACAGCUUAUGGAUAUAGACAUAAACUUAUUAAGGGGAUGGAGAAAUUAUUAACUACUGCCACAGGCACUCUAUGGCAACCGUCCAUUACUCCUGGAACAUUGUUAGUUGAUUUGUUAGCUGAAGAUAAAGAAUUUUUGGCUGUGGAAGAAGAAAUGCAAAGUACCAUUAGACAACACAGAGAUAAUGGGCAUGCUGGUGGUAUUUUUUCACGAUAUAACAUAGUUAGGAUACAAAAGGUUCAAAACCGAAAAUUAUGGGAACGCUACGCUCAUAGAAGACAAGAAGUAGCAGAAGAAGUUGGAGCAGCUGCUCCAGCAUCGCCUGGGACAGGUCCAAGGUCUGCACCAAGUUCUGCAGUUCCACAAGCUAAUGAAAGAAUGUUGUUCCAUGGUAGUCCCUUCAUCAAUGCAAUUGUACAGAAAGGUUUCGACGAAAGGCAUGCGUAUAUUGGUGGUAUGUUCGGUGCUGGAAUAUAUUUUGCAGAACACAGUAGUAAAAGCAAUCAAUAUGUAUAUGGUAUUUGUGGAGGUACUGGAUGUCCUUCUCAUAAAGAUAGAAGUUGUUACAUCUGUCACAGGCAUUUAUUACUUUGUCGAGUUACCUUGGGUAAAUCGUUCCUACAAUUUUCUGCAAUGAAGAUGGCUCACGCACCACCUGGUCAUCACAGUGUAAUGGGUAGACCAUCGCAAGGUGGUUUAGCUUUCCCCGAAUAUGUAGUGUAUAGAGGAGAACAAGCAUACCCCGAAUACUUAAUAACAUACCAAAUUGCAAGACCUCAACAAGAAAGUGGUGGUAGUGAAAGUGUUGAGGAACGGUGAUCAGAAGAGCCAGGCCCUGUAGCAAGAUUUCGAAGUUUAUGUUGCUGCCAGAGACCAAGAACACACGGUACCUUGUCUUAGAAUUGAUUAUGAUUUUUGUUUUUCAUUAUAUUAUCGCUCGUCAACUUUAUUUCAUUUAAUCAAUGAUCUUAUCUACAAUUAACCAACAUUCAAAUGACUAUAAGAACUGAUACAGGCAUUUAAUUUUCUCAUCAUACUUUAGUUAUUACGAUACAUAUAAAUAUAAAUAUUAAUUAAAUUCAAAUGUGUGUAUAUAUUGAGAAUUUACAUCAGAACAGAUGUAGGUUUGCGACGGUAUUAUAAUCAACAACUUUAUUCUUUAUUCGUAUGCAUAUUUUAAUGGGGUGUUUUAUUUCCGACCAAAAGUAUUAUUUUGAUAAUGAAUAAUAUCAGAACUAUAAGAUAAUAAGUAAAAUUUGUAUAUUUUACAAAGUUAUUUUAACUAUAUUUUUUUCUGUGCGGAAAUAAUCUAUGCAUCAAACAAAUUCGAUAUCCAUUACCCUGUAUAUGCAAAAUAAAAAAGCAUAUUAUGAU